CCAAGGCAAAAACAGUAAAAUAGUGAGAUAAAGAUUUGCAACUGCCAGUGCAUUCCGCAAGUGUUAAUCCACGGGCAGACAUUGAGGAUGGUCACCUGCAAAGUGGACUCCCAAUCCGCAGUGGCCAUACCCAAAAUGAGUUCCGUGCGGGCGCGUGGCAAACCAGCGACCGGCAGCAGCAACAGCAACAGCAACUCUUCCGGCUUUCGGCUCUUGGACGGCGACCAGCUCGAAAACAAUUCGAGUGUCAGUCGAAAUUCGAUAUACAAACUGAAGAUCGAUCUAAUGUUUGACGAUUCCAGAUCAAUGCGAAGCAGCCGCCUCGACGAUCCCCGGGGAUCGCAUCGCACGCGCUCCAUCAUCAUGUAUGGGCGUAGUGAGUUGGCCAGCACCUCGGGGGCCAAGAGCAGCUUUCUGCAGGAGUCCAGCGAGUCGGCCAAGGUGCUGGCCGAGGCGGCCAAGAAGGAUGUGCAGCGGAUCAGCAACAGUGUGCAGGCCCAGAUCGAGCAGCUCUUCACGGACGUGGCCAAGGACGCCACCAGCAGCUUCGAUGUCACCUGCCUGGGCUCCCUGCCGCUAAAAGACAAGGUGACGAGUCUCCAGGGACUGCAGGAGCCCCUGAGGCAACUGUACCUCAGUGAGGUUACCAAGAAGAGGCUCAGCUCGGGAUCGUUGGACAUUUGUGCCACAGGAUUGCGGGUGAAGAUCAGCUCUGUGCCAAUCCCAAAAGGAGGCAGCGGCCCGGACGAGAGUGAGGCCCACAUCACUCCAUUUCACAACAUUGCCGUGUGGUCGGCGGUGAAGUUUGUUAUCUCCGCCGACGAUGGCGGAGCCGCCUUCCUGCCACUGAUCACCGAUCCCGAAAAUAUAGACAAGACUGCCCUGUUUCAGCCUCUAAGUUCAAGUGAGCAAAUGGCUGUGGAGCACAGCAUACACGUCCAUGCGCCGAUCUUUGCGGUAGUCAUGCGUUCCGCCAGCUCCCCCAAGAUCCUCGAGUGCCACGGCUUCAUCUGCAAGAGCACCGAGGACGCCAUCGUGAUAGCGGCCACCCUCUACCAGAGCCUGAUGGCCCACGUCAGCACCAGCUCGCACCGCAGCACGAAACGUCGGACGCCGCGCCAGCAGAACGGAGUCAGCUGCAUCAGCAUCGCCAGCAGCUCGGCCAUGACCAGCUCCAACUACCUGUCCCGCUCCCAGAUCACGCCCAGUGCCAGUGGGCGACGCAGUUCCUUUCGCGCGGGUACCGGAGUAUCCGGCACGCCUUCCCGCUCCGUCCGCAAGAAGAGGGUCUCCAGCAGCUCGCUCAGCUCCAACAGUAACGUCAUCAACGAGGCCGCCGAGGUGGAAACGUCCACGGAGGAGCGCAAGCGCAAGUCCCACAAGUCCAAGCGCGCCCCUCCAGUGCCCACAACGGUGCCCGGUUCCGGAUACAAAGGAAGCCCUUCGCGCAAUGGCAGCAUUAUCUGCAGCAACGGACACGUGAACCGCCUGCACCAGCAUGGCCAUCACAGCAAAAAGCCAGUGGCAUCCGGAGCAUCCAGUGGCGCCUACAAGGGUGCGGAUCUGGUGGGGGCUGUUGGUUCAGGCGGUGGCGGCGGCGAGGCGGCCAGCGGGGACAUUCUGACGCGCGUGGCCAUACCAAGAUCCGGCAGCUUCUUGAACACCGGAGGUCUGACCCGCUACAAGUCGAGAGCGGCACGCCGUCACUCGGGAAAGUUGGGCGGCGGUGGCGGAGGAGGGUUUGGUUUGGUUGAUUGGCAUCGUUUGAAUUGUGCUUCUAGUUCCCCACUUGGUUUCAGCGAGCUGUUCAAUGAAUUUCGUCUGCACGAGAACCUCCACUCCCUGGACGACAUUCUGUAUGCCAUUAUCGAUGCCGACGGCAUGUCCUUCAACGACCUAAAGCCCAUCUACAAGGAGUUCCUGCUCAAGCUGGCCGUCACUCUUACCCAGGACGAGCUCUUUCAGCGCUCCAAGAACAUCAUGCGCCGCCAGAAGAAGAAAAAGCAGAAGCGCAAGGCCAGCGUCAAUGGGUCACAGAAGAAGUCGAAGAGCAGCUUCUUCGGCACAAAGAGCCUGAAGAAAAUGUUCCAGCUUGGACAGUUCCGAUCGUGCCGCGCCAAGUUGGAGAAGUCGAGCCCACGACCCAAGGAGGCGGCCACCCUCGACAGCCAGGGCAAGCGCAAGAUUAGUGCCCCCAUCAUUAUCGGACCCCCCAUCAGCCACGUCCAGCAACAGCAGCAGCAUCAACGGAAUCGGGCGGCCACCAGUGGCUCAGAUGUAUCCGUGGUGCGGAAUGAGCACGCCCUGCAGGGACUCAACAGGAACAGCAGCAGCGGAUACGUCUCCUGCUCCGAGUGCAGCUACGACUCCGAGUCUUGCACCUGCGCCUCGGCCGAUCGCUGCUACUGCAGCCUGCGCACAGAGCACCUGAACCACAAGCUGCGGCAGAAGAACGAGCGCACUAUGGCCAUGGCCAACUCGAGGAAACCCUCGGGGCCUGUCAGCCCUGUGGUCAAUGCCGGAACAGCAGCCAGCAACCGCCACUCGCUGAUCUCGUGCAAGUCGGAUGACAAGUGCUACUGCUCCAUGGUCGAAGAGGAGCCGGCCAGCACUCUGGAGCACGACUCGGCAAACUCCCGCUCGGAGACGACCACCUCGUGCGACUCCGACAGCUGCAUCAGUGCCAGCAAGUGCUACUGCAAGCGCACCCAUCGCCGGCAGCGGGCCUUGGCAGCGGCAGCCAUCAGCGAGGACUCCCUUUCCCAGCAGCGCAAGGCUCCCAGGCCGGGUGGGGGGGUGGCUCGGAAGGGUAAGCCCUCCGAGAAGCUGGGCCUGGACUACGAGCUCUUCAGCAUCAGCGGCAACAGCAAGCCCGUCCAGCCGCACGAGGCGCUGAGCGUGAAGAAGAGCGUAGAGGCAGCUGCCGUCUUUGCGGACAUGAAGCUCAGCCAGACGACGGACAUCAAGAGCCUGUGCCCGCCCAUGCAGAUCCAGAAAGCGAUGCGGACCGCCAACGGCAGUUGCCGUUCAUAUGCCUCCUCCCGGAAGUCGUCUUACCGGGCGCGCGAAUCCUUUAGCACGGACCGGGUGGGUGCCAAUGGUCUUUCGAUGGCCAUGCCCCUGGGACCUGGUAGCGUGGGAGCUGCGCAGAAGGCGUGCAGCGCCGACAAUCUGCUGAUCAAUAUCAAGGCCAUUGAGAAGGCGGCCUCCAUCCGGAGCAACGUCAGCCGGAGCCGCAUGGGCAGCUACCAGUCGAUGCGGGCUGUGAGCGCCUCUCUCGAGGACUCGUUGGGGUAUUUGCCAUAGAUGUUGAAUCUAAUACUCUCGAACCCGUGUUAAUUAUGAUGUACAUUGUACAUAGCACAUAAGCAUACACAUAAAACAUACAAAUACCAUACAUACUAAUACUCGAUCUGCAUAAACAAAUACUCGUACUCCAGCAUACGGCUUAUGUUUCCCAAGACAAUUACUCGCAUCGCCGAAGCAUCGUUUAAUUAUCUUGCGAAACGUAAUCUAUUUCUAGCCUUAAGUUCCUACUAAUAGAACAUCAAGUGUGAAUUUAUCUGUAAGAUCUAAAUCGUAGAAUACGAUGUGCAAUAUAAAGACCAUUCGAAGGGGACGUGAGUCCCACUUAAUCAACACAGUGCAAUAUUUAUAAAGAUUUCUAAGAAUAUAUUGAAAAUAAAAACUAUUUUAUAUAUACUA